AUGGACACAACGCCUUCCGCCUCCUCGGAUAUGGACGUCGACGCGCACCAUCAGAUCUCUUCUCCCUCGGGUUCCACUCUCUCCUCGCCCCUCUCAGUUCUGUCAAAGUCCCCAUCAAUACCCUCGUCGCCCGAAGUCGCUCUUGACGCGUCAAAACGAUACCCCUCGCCCACGUCCUCCAUGCCCUCCGGAGCCCAAUCACCAAUCAAGCUGGAGCUUGCUGACGACUCCGUGCCCGCCAUCAAGCUCGACGACGCUGCCGAUUCAAUCAACGUCAACGCCGACGAUGCCCCUGAUGGCCAGCCUCCCCGAAAGCGGCGCAAGGUAACACCGCCCAAGGAGCGUACUACGGAGCAUCUCAACCUGGAUGAAUGCGAUGUGGAUGACAGAAACCUGGCCCGCCUCGUCUCUGCCCUAAAGAAACGGAAGAAGAUCGUCGUAAUUGCGGGUGCUGGCAUUUCUGUUUCUGCCGGCAUUCCUGAUUUUCGGUCCAAAACGGGCCUUUUCGCGACACUCCCUAAUGAGCACAAAAUGAAAGGCUCGGGCAAACACUUGUUCGACGCCUCAGUCUACAAGCACGACUCCUCCACCGAGAAAUUCCACAAAAUGAUUUGCGACCUGGCUACCAUGGUCAAGGCGGCCAAGCCCACCAAAUUUCACCACCUACUGGCGUCGCUUGCCGCAGAGAACCGACUCCUACGCCUUUAUAGCCAAAACGUCGACUGCAUCGACACGAACAUGGAGCCAUUGAAGACCAAUGUUCCCCUCAAUGUCAAGGGCCCAUGGCCCAAAACAAUUCAGCUCCACGGGAGCGUCGAGCACAUGGUCUGCUCGAAAUGCACCGAUAUCCGACCGCUAAAGACGGAGCUUUUCGUGGGCCACGAGGCUCCGCUGUGUGAGGAGUGCAAAACAAUCGACGAACUUCGAACCCAGUACGAGCAAAGACGGAGUCACGGCAUUGGUCGCCUGCGCCCCAGGAUGGUGCUCUACAAUGAGUUCAAUCCGGACGAAGAGGCCAUUGGGAGAGUGUCGAGCGUGGACCUCAAGUCGCGUCCCGACGCGGUCAUUGUUGUCGGAACAAGCUUGAAAAUCCCAGGCGUUCGAAGGCUCGUAAAGGAGCUCUGCCAGGUCACGCGCAGUCGUCGGGACGGUUUCACCGCCUGGAUCAACACGGAUUCAGAACCGCAGCACAAUGACUUCAAGGACUGCUGGGACCUCGUGGUUCGUGGAAAAUGUGACGAUGUUGCUCACUGGGCCGCUCUGCCUCGCUUCGACGAGCCUCGCGGUGACCAAUCCGCGUACCUCAGCGAGGGAGAGGAUCAGCGGCGCCGGGACAGACUUGUCAGGGACAACCUCGAAGUGCAGCUUAUUUCACCCACGCCAGGCUCGCCUACCAAGUCUGAUUCUAGCACUGCAUCAGAGACAAUGAAGCGCAAGCUUGUUGACCCCGUCCAGAGCAUUCCAACGCCCACGGCAAGCCCCAAAAUCAAGGCCGCAGAGGCCUCGAAGAAGGCCGCCAAGCCCAAGCAAAGUAAGCUUUCUUUUGUUGGCCAGGAAGCUUCGGUUGCUUCCGCAGGCGACGCGUCGGCAAAGAAACCCAAGAGGGCGCCCACCAAGAAGCCCCGAAAGACCAACAAGAAGCCAACUGAGCCGCCCAAGAACAGCGUCGCUCAGACGUUCAAGACCCAGAAGAACCGCGAGCUUGCCGAUAUGCCCCAGGAAACAUUGGCUGGCAAGUUGGACAACCAGCAUUACAAAUACGUUGAAGACAAACUCGAGUCCCAGCUCCUCCCGCCUCUGCGACCCAUCCAGAAGCCCAUUCAAAGCUCCGUCUACAAGCGUGCUGAGAAUAUGGUCACCAAGGCGCAGGAGGAUGACGCCUCCCUGCCUGCGAGACCUUUUGAAAAGAUGUCAAAACCGUCUCUGUCGGAAAGGCCGAAAUCAUUACCGCACGCCAGUGUCACGAUUGACGGAGGCAAUAACAACAACGAAGGACGCCCCACAACGCCUAUGCAUGAAAGACGGCGGUCCGCUGAGACGAUAUCCCCUGGGUCAAUUCCUCAAGGGAUGGAGACCCUGAUAGACUGA